CCUGUUACAAUAAAAAGCUCUCAGCUUUGAAACACAGCAGCCAGAGUGUGCUGAAUUCCCAUGAACCAUGCGUCUGCUAAAGUGCUCUCUGUUCAUUGCGAUUCUCCUCAACUCUGCAUUUCACAGCUUGCUUGUGAACAGCGUGCGAUGCAGUGGAACCCCUGCUUCAAUACUUCUGGCACAGCGCUGGGCCAAAACAGAAUGUAAAGCCUCGAAUCUGAUAGGCAAUCCAGCAUGCAACUUGGAGCAAUGGACUCUUCAUGGACUGUGGCCUGAUAACGUGAAAGUAAUUGAUCCAGUUCCAUUGCCAGGAGACUUCUUCAAUAGAUUUGAGAAUUAUGAGAACAUCAUGAGGACAGAAUGGACAUUCUUGGGCAUAGCUGAUCAAAAUACUUACAUAACUGAAACAACGACAUUCUGGAAACAUGAAUGGACGAAACACGGGUAUUGUGCCAAAGACUUCAUUGGAUCUGAUGAGCCAAAGAUUUACUUUCAGAAAGCUUUGGAACUUUACCGCGGAGCAAAUCUUCUCAGACAUUUGGCUUCCAAGGGUAUUGAACCAAAUGAUACUACUACUUACCAAACACAUCAGAUAAGAGAUGUCUUUCUUGCUGACAAACCUUAUGUCAGACCUAUUGUCAAUUGCAGAAGAAUGGGCAAUAAAUAUUACUUGUCAGAGAUCAUCAUUUGUUUGAAUCAGAAUCUGAAACCGGUAAACUGUGGAACAGGGGAUACAAAUGUAUGUCCUGAAGGUGCCAUCACAUAUCCACGGACAUGAAUAAAACGGUGGCCAUUGUCUGCAGCUUUGAAUUUCGCAUGAAAUGUAAUAGAAGCCAGAGCUGUUUUCUUACCCACGUAUCUACAAUCCUUAUGUUUUGCCUGCUCGAAUUAUUGUGACAUUUCGCCAACUGCUUCUCUAUAAUGGCCUUGCAAAUAAAUAAAUACAUCAUUUAAACAGCA